AUGAAACUCACUGGCUCUUUGUCAGCCCUUGCUCUCGCUGCCUUCUCACUGAAGACAGUAUCAGCAGCUAAUUCUUUCGCUGGCUCAAACCUUUAUUACGCUGCUGGUCUGGAUUCUGCCACGCGUGGAACACUGUUAGAUGGUUUACAGAGUGCGGGUAUGAAAGUCCUCCGAGUUUGGCUUGACGGGCAAUCUACUACACAGAAGGGAACGAACAUUGACCCUUUCCCCGAUCUUGAACCAAAUGUCAUCGGAACCUAUAACGACACUGUCCUUGAACGGCUGGAUGACUUUAUGAUUGAUGCUCAAGCUCAUGGCAUCAAGUUGCUCAUCAGUAUGCAUAGUUUCAAUGCUCUGCAAGCUGGAGACGUAUACGGCAAGCAGUACGGCACUGGCUACUUCUAUGAGCAAACGCAGCCUCAGCAGCAAUUUGAUGCUCGUCUUACGCACGUUUUGAAUCACAAUCACACGACUCUUGGAAAGCCCUGGAGCCAACUCUCUGACUAUAUCUUCGCUUUUGAGGCCGAAAAUGAAGCGAUGAUUGGUCAAGGCCAGACUUAUAUUCAGGAUCACCAACAAUGGCAGUGUGACCGAGCAUCCACAAUUAAGGGAGUCUUGGGUUCCAACAGCAAUAUCCUUGUCGUCACUGGAGGCGAAUCUUGGAUGGCAGAAUCAGUCCAACCUAAUUUCCUUAAUUGUAGUUCUCUCGACGUCAUCUCCAUUCACUCAUACGGUACUGGUGACUUCGCCACCAGCAGCAUCCAGACCUACGUUCAGCAAGCUCAGUCAGCUGGGAAGAAGCUUCUCUUCGAAGAAUGGGGUGCUUGCUAUUUCUCCACCUCGAAUAAUAACUGUCCCACUGGAAGUGCCCUUGACGCCGACACCCGCAACUCGAAUAUCAAAACUUGGGCUAGCCAAAUUGACGCCGCUGGUGUUCCGUGGCUUUACUGGCAAGUCCUUCCCAAUGCUGACCCUCAUCAAGAUCAGGACUUCGAAGUUGGUCUUAAUGAUAGUUCGUGGAGCACUUUGCAAGCGGCAGCGCAGGCAGCACUCCAAGCUACUGCUGCGUUUGAUUACUCGAGCUAUCUGCUCUAAUUCAGAAUGGCUCGCAAAACACUUCUCUCAUAUAAUAUAUUUUGUGAAUCAGUACAGCACGAAAUUUACUUAUAUCGGGUUACGGCGUUCUUUUCU